AAAAUUACAUGCCGGGACAUCGGUGCAAGCAGAAUUACUUGAUCGAGUUCGUGGACUCGGAUGACGAAGAGCCGGUGAUCGAGGAAGAACAGGAGGUGGAGGCCGAGAUCUCUGUACACGCCAUGGCAGGCACCAAGGGGCCGAGGACGAUGCGUUUGCCGGCGUGGGUGAUGGAUCAGCGGGUGACUGUGCUCAUGGACAAUGGGUCGUCGCACAACUUCAUUAAUGCGACGCUAUCUCACAAGCUUAAACUACCUACGUCCAUGGUCGAGCCAUUCAAGGUGCGGGUGGCUAAUGGUGAGAGACUGCGGUGCUCGAAGGUGUACCGAGCCGUGCCAAUCAAAUUUCAAGGAGUAACGGUAAAGCCGGACCUGUUUGCCUUACCAUUGGUAGGACCUGAUGUGGUGCUAGGUGUGCAAUGGCUCGAAGGGCUCGGUGAUGUAACGACCAACUAUCGGAAGGGCGUGAUGAAGUUCGAGACCGAUGAUAGGUUGGUUACCUUGAAAGCGAGCGAAGGAUCGACCAAGGAG